UCUAUCAUUGCAUGUUGAUGCCGCAGCAGUCUGCUGUUAGCUAGCCUGCUUCAGGAGCUAAAAAUGAACAGGCCGAAUAAAACAGAGGAGUUUGACUCGUAUGAGAUCGAGGAGCCCAGCGACGAGGAGAGAGCUGUCAGCAGCUCGGAGGAUGAGCUGGACAUUCUGCUGAACGGGACUCCAGACCAGAAGAGGAAGCUGAUCAGAGAGUAUCUGACGGGCGAGAGCGAGUCGUCCAGCGGCGAUGAGUUUGAGAAGGAGAUGGAGGCGGAGCUCAGCUCCACCAUGAGGACCAUGGAGGGAACGUGGGGGCCGCUGCCGGCAGCAGAAAACUCCGGAAGCAGCAGCAGCGCCGCCGUCGCCGGACUUCCUCAACCUCAGAUGUACGACAAAAUUUACUUUGACUCCGACUCGGAGGAGGAGGACACGCCGAGCAGCUCCACGGGCCGGAGGCGGAGACAGCGGAUGAUCCCGACCAAUGACGAGCUGCUGUACGACCCCGACGAGGACGACCGGGACCAGGCCUGGGUGGACGCCAGGCGGGCAGCGCACAGCUGCAGCCGCCGGCGCCCGGCGGCGUUGGGCUCGCGACCCGGUCAGCCCCGAGGUUUACCGAGCAGCGACGCCGUUCUGAACUGUCCCGCCUGCAUGAUCACGCUCUGCCUGGACUGCCAGAGGCACGAGAAGUACCGGACGCAGUACCGAGCCAUGUUCGUCAUGAACUGCACGGUGAAGAGAGACGAGGUUUUACGCUACAAAACCCCGAGCGACAGGCAGCAGCGGAGCAGGAAGAAGAGGAGGAGGACGCCCAAACAGACGACAGAGACAGCAGCGGCGGCGGCGGACGCGGCACCCGAGCCGGCGCCCCGCGGCGUGGACGGGGACGAGCUGUACCACCCGGUGCAGUGCAGCGAGUGCAGCACCGAGGUUGCCGUCCUGGACAAAGACGAAGUUUAUCACUUCUUCAACAUCCUGGCCAGCCACUGCUGACAAACACACGGACCCCCGGCUCGUGGCCUCGUCUUCCUCCUGCCGCGUGUUUCUGUCUCUCUCUCCGCGGCGGCCGCCAGCCUCGGAUCAGACCGGCGCUCCGGCUCCUAGAGAUCUUUAGCAUUUUUAUUUUUGGAGUUUGGUGAUCACACGGUGUGUUUCCUAGUCAUUCAGUCUCAUCCUCAGAGUUCAGAUCUCAUUUUUCUUCAAGGGGGAGGAGAUAAUCUCACUUGUUUCCAGAUUUUUUUAUUUAUUUUUUUUUUUUAAAUCAAGUGUCAUUUUCUUGAUCUUUGUGGGCUGAUCUGCCUUAUUCUGCCUUGUUUCAACACAUUUAGACCUGUUCCCAAAAAAAGUGAAACUGCACUUGAAACGUGGGUUUUCCUUAUUUGAAGAGAAAUACAAGAUUUGGCGAGAUUUGAACAGGAGACUGCAUGACUUGUUAGGAUGGCUUUUUUUUUUUUUUUUUUUUUUUUUUUUUUUUACAGUGCAGGACAAAGCAAAGUCUAAACUUUUCAUGGUGGCGGUGAUACUGGGAUACCGGCGGUGGGUUGAUACUGGCAGACCGGUUUGCCAUCAGUCACACAACUUGGAGAACCUGUAAAUUUAUAGACUCAUUUUCCAGUCAUGAAAAAGAAAAAAAAAAA